AUGCGAGAAGAGGUGCUGAAAAAGGUGCUUGCCCCGGUGCCGCUGCUCAGCAGCUGCGACAAGGAGAACAUGCUCUUCGCCCAGGUCAAGCAGCUCGUCACCAAGGACUAUGAGGCCCUGGAAGAGCAGCUGGACACGGCCAUCGAGCUGAUGACGCUGGGCGGCGUGACGGAACAAGCAAAAUUGGCCCACCUCAACGCGCAGCUCCACGAAUACGAGAAGCUCGACGGACUGCGCAAGAAGCUCGAGGCGACGACGGCCACCCGUAAAGACAGUUACCGGGCGCUCUGCAAUGGCCAGUACCCCUUCGAAUUUCAACGAGCGACGGUGCGGACGCCGGAAGAAGACGCCGACAUCAAGCGCACCCCGCAGUCGAAGCUCUCGCUGUGCGCCUCGUUGGAAGGGUCGGUGUGCCAGAACAACCGCUCGACGAGCUUCAGCGGCUUCUCCCAGCCCCGCCCCGUCAUGCUCUCGCUUGAUGACACGUGCGACGGCUUCAGUCAAACGCGUGCCCCACUGGAGAUGAUGGCCGAGUCGCCGGCCAUGGAACCGCCGCGGAGUGUGCAACGACGAAAUGGAGUGCCCGUUCCGCCCACCCUCAGCGAGUUCGGCCGCCGUGCCCUCGAGCAGGAU